AUGGAUUCCCAGUCACGGAACGCGAAGAAGACGCCCGAGGAAGGAGAUGACAGAGGUCGGAUAAGGAGUUCGAGGUCGAGAAACAUUCGACAUGACAGACGGGAUCAGGAUCACGAGACCGGCGACGGAGAGUCCUCGAAGCUCUCCUGGAUGUCAGCCGGACUCCUGUCGAGGCAGACCUCCAAUAAUCUAUCUCGCCAGAUGAGUAUCCCCAAUGACAGCAGGCCAGAGGAACGUCGAACGUUGGCCCAGAAGCUCCAUCUUUUCCCCUACAGACCUCACUCGUCCAAUACCUCUCGUGACUCCUCGACAAACACAUCCUCAAGCUCGUUGCCUUCUUUAGUUGACCCGGCUGCUGGUGGUGAGGCAGGCCCUCCUUCCAGUUCGAUACCAGCUUCUUCCUCUUCGACGGUUUCUGACCCCUUCAGCCAGUCUGUCACCACUCCCAGACAGACCGCCGAGACCGGCAACGUUCCUCCCCUGAGUCCCCUGGCGGAAUUGCCGAUGGUCGCCCCCCGUGCCACAAUUCGCGGCCCAUCCCACGACCUCCCUGUUUAUCCAAACCAGUCAUACGCAAUGCUCCAGCAACAGAUUCAUCCUGCGCCCUACCGAUCACCAACUCUGCGUACUCGGAGCUCCUAUCCUUCACAUUCUGACUUCGCUUUCCCACAACCUACCACUCCUUGGGCGCGAGAGUCGAAUGCGUCCCCAAAUUCACGUACAGUCGGCAACACCCCGAUAUCUAGUCCUGGACUCUUCUCUGCACGGACACCUCGCACCUCUCCUUCUAUCGGCUCUGAAGAUGGCCAAGCUGGUGCUCACUUGCACCGAACACAUAUGCAAGAACCAAAAGAAACGCAUACCGUCGAAGUGGAUCGCCACGAGCUCACCGGAAACAAAUUAAUCAACGAGUACGAGAUUCUAGAGGAGCUCGGACGUGGAGAGCAUGGUAAAGUCAAAUUGGGUCGCCACCUGAAGACUGCCCAGUCCGUCGCCAUCAAGAUUGUGCAACGAUACUCCAAGCGUCGCCGUCUAGGCAAGCUAGGUAACCCCGAAGACAAGGUCAAGAAGGAGGUUGCCAUCCUCAAGAAGGCCCGCCACCCUAAUGUCGUCAGCCUCCUCGAAGUCAUCGACGAUCCGAACCAGCAAAAAGUCUACAUUGUGCUCGAGUACAUCGAGAACGGUGAGAUAGUAUGGAGGAAGAAGGGGCUGAAAGAGAUCGUUUUGGUUGAUAAACAAAGACUUGAUCGUGAAAAACGAGGUAUUCCCGACUCUCUUUCUUUCAUCGAGAAUAGUCAACAGUUUAUCCAUAAUACUCAAUUGCGUCGACGGCAUAUAGAAGCCCUGCGGCAGCGUCAGAGAGCAAAAGGUGCUCAGCACACCGGCGUUUCUGGCUGGAGCUUGGAACAUGGUGGCGAGUCGGACAACGAGCUUGAUACCGACUAUCCUCCCAUGUCCAAGUUCCCCACAGCAUCGUCGGCGCAUUCGCAUGAUACCCCUGAAUUUCAGAUAUCUCCGCAGCACUCACUCACUUCGACCGGAGAGUUCGACAGGCGGAUGCGGGAGAUAGCUGGCUUCGGCAGUGAUAACGGUUUGUAUGGCGGAUACGCAUCAGAUCCCAUGUUUGCACGCCGGUAUAGCAAUGCUUCCAGCCAUCUAGCCUUCCAGACCGAGUCUGACUGGUUGUCUGAUGAUGAUGAUACGGGCUAUGUGCCCUGUCUAACACUUAGUGAAGCUCGUACAGCUUUCAGAGACGCCGUCUUGGGUCUUGAGUAUCUACAUUAUCAAGGUAUCAUCCACCGUGAUAUCAAACCUGCCAACCUACUUGUCACGGGUAACCAUCGAGUGAAGAUAUCCGACUUUGGUGUAUCGUACCUCGGUCGCCCCAUCAGAGACGAGGAUGAGGAGCAAGUUACCGAGACUGAUGCUACAGAAUUGGAUGACGCCCGAGAACUAUCAAAAACCGUCGGGACUCCUGCUUUCUAUGCACCAGAGCUCUGCUACACAGGCGUUGAGUGUGAACCUACUGUUGGAAAGGACCCCAAGAUUACUGGCGCUAUUGACGUCUGGGCCCUUGGAGUCACCCUCUACGGAAUGAUCUAUGGCAGGCUGCCCUUCGUUGCAGAUGAUGAAUUUAGCUUGUUCCAGAACAUCGUCAGACACGACGUCUUCAUCCCGACUAAGAGGCUCAAGGCUGUUGUGGCUGAUGAGCCCAUUUCUGACCACCCCCACAGCCAUUCUCACAGCCAUCCUCAUUCCCACACUCAAAGAUCUUCCAGUGUGAGUAGCAGCACACGUUCUGAGGGGGAACUGGCUUAUGAGACCGUCGACGAAGAUUUGCGUGACCUUUUGCGCCGCCUCUUGAUCAAAAACCCAUCAAAACGGAUUACCUUGAAGGAAAUCAAACAUCAUCCAUGGAUCACCCGGGAUAUUCAGGACCCCAAGGCCUGGAUCGAAGACACUGAUCCCGGGUACCAGAGCAAAGGCAAGAAGAUCGAGGUUUCCAACGACGAUGUCAUUCGUGCAGUUACCAAGAUGCCGUUUAUUGAACGAGUACGCUCCAAUGUCGUUAAGUGGAGUGGCAGUAUAUUUGGUCGCAGGCGAGCACCUAGCUCCGCCACGUCAGUUGAUACUGCACCCUCUGUCUCGUCUGGUAGUAGCUUGACCAUCGGUAAGGAUAUCAUCCGAGAACUUAGAAGGACUAGUUUACGCGGUGAUGAGGAGAUCACCAGAACUCCAAGAGCCGGCAGGGAGGGCGAACACCCGCUUUCACAGAGCCUAGUGGUCAGCCCUGACUUGCAGACUGAUAUCAAACACCCAGAUUACUUUGGCCGUGUAGCUACAUCACGGACAGCUCCAACGUCGGUGAACUGCUCUCCUGUCCAAGAACCUCGUCCAGAUCUACCUGGUCGCACUGUCUCGAAACUUUCUAGUGCUGGAUCGACAAAGACAAUUCGCCCUGCUAAUUUAGAGAUGUCAUUCCUCAACGAUCCGUCCUCUACGGCUACUGGGAACGACUCUUUUAGUUCUUCUCCUGGUGGAAUGACCAUAUUUGGAGGAGCCAGGAAUAGACUCGUCAAGAGUUUACAUCUAAGAGACAGACGAAAUGAUAGCUGCGAGUCUCCAGAACGUGGCUCCUUCGACGCAGCAUGCCACUCUACGCCCAGUGUAGCUAUUUCUUCCGCCUCAGCUACUGGUCUAGUCAACCCUCCUGAUCUCGCUCAUGAAUCAAAUACCACACCAACUCCCCAUGCCUCUCCGCGAAGGUAUACCAUUCACAGACGGAGUAAGUCCCAUCAGCUUCGACAAGACGCAAAUCUCGCCGGACCACCACCUGCCCCUUUGCAUCGCGAUUUUCUCUUCCGUAACCCCGACUCAACAUCCCAUCAUCAUCUAGGUCAAGACAACGCAACCAUUGUCAAUGCAGACAAGGAUGACUUCCACAUACACACAUCGCCUGUGCAUUAUCUUAACACCCUGGAACCCGAGAGUUACGAGGAUGACCCGUUCAAGUAUCAGCCAAUAGCCAGACCAAUCACAUCUCCUCCGUCAGCAAUCACCAUGUCCUCCUCGUCCAUGGAUGAUUAUAAUAGUGAGAUGUCCCACUGCGCAUCACACCCAAGCAUACCAUCCGUUGUAUCAGGUGCCUCGUCUCUAUCUGCAGAUGGCCUCUCGGCAUACCCUGUUGACCUGCAAUACGAGAAGAAGAGUGAGAAGGAACAUGGCACUUGCACAUGCCCAGUUGUCCCGCCAAUGCUUCGAACAGGCGAUACCGUUACGGAUGACUCAGCGAGGACGGCUAUGGACGACAAUAAGCGACCCGGGCCGGUAGAAAUGGAAUCUAAUGAUGAUGACCAACGAUACCAUGGUGAUGACGAGGACGAAGAUGAUGAUUCCAGCGAUGAAGGAAUUACUUUUGGCAGACGCAAGUCUAGCGUAUGA